UGAUAAAUGACUGACUAGGCUACCUGUAUCCCGGAGUAUUUCAAAAUAUAGGUUACUCUGAAUGUUAAUGUACUGACCCUAUUAAUCAGUAACUUCCUUAUCACUGGUGUUUCCACACACAAUGAUGACAGUUACUGUUCAUCUCCACCAAAACAACAAAGUGAACGUGCUCCUCACUUCCACCGGCGCUGUACUGAGCGGUUCUCUUUGCUGUGUGCAGUAACAGGCGACGAUGAGGCUGAUCUGUUGCUGCAGUGCUUUGCUGCUUCUUGUCCUCAUUCCCAGAGUCUGUCAAAGUGGCAACAUCUUGGUCUUUCCAAGUGAUGGCAGCCACUGGAUAAACAUGGAUAUCCUGCUUCAAGCUUUGCACUCCAGAGGACACAGUAUAACUAUUGUACGCUCCAGCAAAAGCUGGUACAUCAAGGAUACAUCUUCUUAUUACAAUACCUUUACAGUUCAAGUGGAGAGGAGUUUAGAUCAGCAGUUCAUUACAGAAAUCCUAUCUAAGGUCAUUGAAUUUGAAAGGGGGGAUCUUCCCUUGACAAGUUUUCUCCACAUGACUGUAGGAAUGUUCAGCACGUUUUUCGAGGCUCACACAGUCGUGGGUGAAUUUGUAUCAGCAAUACUAGAUGACCAAGAACUGAUGAGAAAGAUGAAGGACAGCAAGUUCGACGUAAUGCUCACUGACCCGUGCUGGGGUGGUGGAGUCAUUUUGGCCAAAUAUUUGAACCUCCCUUUGGUUUAUAAUGUUCGCUGGCUACUAGGUGAGGAGGGUCACCUUGCUGUUGCUCCUUCACCUUUAUCAUAUAUACCUAUAACAGGAUCUGGCUACACUGAUAAGAUGAGCUUUUUUCAGAGAGUUAAAAACAUGGUUUUGCAUCUAAUAAGCCAUACACAAAAUCACCUGGUGAAGCAAAUAUAUCAGGCAAUAUCUGACAAAUAUCUCGGGCCUGAUUAUGACUAUAACCAGUUAAUGCUUGACGCAGACCUUUGGCUCAUGAGAGUGGACUUUGUGUUUGAGUUCCCUCGUCCCACCAUGCCUAAUGUUAUCUAUAUGGGAGGAUUCCAGUGUAAACCUGCUGAACCUUUACCUGAACACCUGGAGGAGUUUGUGCAGAGUUCUGGAGAGCACGGAGUCAUCAUCAUGUCUCUGGGGACUUUUGUAAGUGAACUUCCUGCUGACCUGACAAACGAGAUCGCUGCAGCUUUUGCCAAAUUACCUCAGAAAGUCAUCUGGAGGCAUAGAGGUGACAGACCAGCCACUCUGGGCAACAACACUUUAAUAGUAGACUGGAUGCCACAGAAUAAUAUUUUAGGACAUCCCAAGAUAAAAGUAUUUGUGGCUCAUGGAGGAACAAACGGAGUUCAAGAAGCUAUUUAUCAUGGAGUCCCAGUUGUGGGUCUACCUUUGUUUUUCGACCAAUAUGACAACCUGCUGCGACUGAAAGAGAGAGGAGCGGCUAAGCUUCUAACCAUUAAUACACUGGACAAAGACGACAACUUCCUUAAGGCCAUACAGGAGGUUCUAAAUGAGCCUUCCUACAAGAUGAACAUGCAGAGACUCUCCAGGCUGCACAGAGAUCAGCCGCUGAAGCCACUGGAUACCGCCCUCUUCUGGAUAGAGUUUGUUAUAAGACACAAAGGUGCAGCUCACCUGAAAGCAGAGUCCUACAGACUGCCCUGGUAUUACUACCACUCUGUUGAUGUAUUUUUGUUCCUGGCUGGAGUUGUGUUGCUCGUGCUUUUAGCUAUUUUCAUUUUGAUGAGGUGUUUGUACACUACAGUGUGUAAGCAUAAAGUGAAACGUGAUUAAUCAUUCAAGGGAUACACAUGUUGUACAUUAAAUCAAUAUGAAGAUGGAUUUGGCAGAUUUUUAGAUUAAUAUCAGAAUUGUUUCACUGCCCAUUUUGACAGCUGCUAAUUUUAAUAAAAUAUUUGGCAGCAUGUUAUUUUAAUUUGUAUGAUCAUCUUUUAGUAAGAUAUUUGAAAGAACUAGGAAUUAAUGUAAAACAAGUUGUUCUUUAAAUUAGGUAAAAAUGUAGCUCUGUAUAGGUCCGAUUCAACCUGGAGAAGCUAAAAUGUUUUGAGUCAUGUUUAACUUCAUUUUUCUUCCAUGUGUAGUGAGCCAUUUUAACUUAUGUGUACACGUUUGAGUUCAUUUGUGUUUACACUUCCAACCACCAGAUGGUGCAUCUUUCUUUGGACAUAGCACCACAAUUGACACAACAAUUCAAUCAGAUUCAGGUGUUUCUGCCUUGUGUUGUGUCAGAAGCAUACAGCUCUUGAAGGUGCUUGUGCCACACCGAGCCACAGCCUUUGUUUGUGUCCAGUUUUGUGGCUUGUACUUUUUGUGGAACAUUUGAACAGGAAACAUACUAGGACAGUUAAUGGUGAGCUGUAAACAACCGUACAAUAAAUGAACUGUUUAUCUACAAACC